AUGUUAUUUUAACUUGACAGGUGAAGAUUCACGCAUUAGAAGGAUACAGAGGCCAAAGAGUAAAGGUGUUUGGCUGGGUCCACAGGCUGCGUAGACAAGGAAAGAAUUUAAUGUUUCUGGUGUUGCGGGAUGGUACUGGAUAUCUUCAAUGUGUCUUGUCAGAUGAUUUGUGUCAGUGUUACAAUGGAGUAGUCUUGUCCACUGAGAGUAGUGUUGCCGUGUAUGGAACGCUGAAUCUUACCCCAAAGGGCAAGCAGGCCCCCGGGGGCCAUGAGUUGAGUUGUGACUUCUGGGAACUGAUCGGGCUGGCCCCCGCUGGAGGAGCUGAUAACUUGAUCAAUGAAGAGUCUGAUGUUGAUGUGCAGCUCAACAACAGACACAUGAUGAUCCGAGGAGAAAACAUGUCCAAAAUCAUGAAAGCACGUUCUGUGGUCACCAGGUGCUUUCGAGACCACUUCUUUGAUAGGGGUUACUAUGAAGUUACUCCUCCAACAUUAGUGCAAACACAAGUAGAAGGUGGUGCUACACUCUUCAAGCUGGACUAUUUUGGGGAAGAGGCGUUUUUGACCCAGUCCUCUCAGUUGUACCUGGAGACC